AAACGCGUGGACAAGCGACUGGCCACGUUUGAAUCCAACUGGUCUUACUUGUCGUAUGGAAAAACACCCACCCUGAACCCAAACUCGGCACAUCCAAAAUUGAAGUUGUCUAUGGACUUGCAUACAGUCACGUGGUGCAGCCAGGACCAAGGAUAUCCGAACCACCCAGACCGGUUCGACUCAACGCUGCAGGUCAUUAGCUCCGAGAGCUUUGCCGCAGGUUGUCAUUACUGGGAGGUGGACGUCCGAGACGGCUGCAAUUGGGCCGUGGGAGCGACCUACAGCGCCAUCAAACGCAAGGGAACCGACACCGCCUGUGUGCUCGGGCGCAACAGAAUCUCCUGGGGAUUGUGGUGCUGGUCUGCACAGUAUUUAGUGUACCACGACGACGUCAAAACACCGCUGGCGUUGUCCGAGCCCUUGCACGCGGUCGGGGUGUACGUAAACUUUGAGGCGGGUGUGCUGGCCUUCUACAACGCCGACACGAUGACCCUGCUGUACACGUUCGAAGAGCCGUUCAGGAAGCCGCUGCAUCCCGCACUUUACCUGGCGGGGAAGUCUCUGCGCAUUGUGCAGCUGUAGUCACCAUGUUUUUGUGCUCCCAAUUAUUUACGUGAGAGCGGCUUGGAAAGGUCUUUUUUAUAAAUAACUUUUCAGAUCAAAUUAUAAUUUAUGGGGGUGGGGGGGGUUGUUAUUUGCAUUUGCCUUAAUAACUUAUUAAUCAUAUUUGCUAAAAUUACUUAAAAUGUACCUAAAAUUAAUUUUAAGUAAUUAAUGUGCAAGCUAGAAUUAUGGAUUAUACUGGGACAAUUGGGAAUGAGAACAAUAACCAAUGCAUUGCAGCUGAUGGAAUGUAUUAACGCUGCAUCAGUGAGGGUUAAAGCCAUAGGUGCAAGAUUUACCUGUGCACAAUCUUUUGGGUGACAGGACUUCAAGACAUUAAGUGCUGUAUUCGUUUGCAGCUUGAGAGACACUCAACAGUGGCCUUGAUAAGUGGUCAUCACUGAGCCACAUCACAUUAAGGAAUGCCAAGGGCCCAGUGGGUGCAGGAGUAAGGAAACUGUAUAUAUUUUGGCUCCCAUGAAAAGUGCAGCAAUGUACAGAUUGGUAAACCCAAAAACAAUUACAUAAGUACUGCAUUAGUGAGAGUUACAAGUCGGAAGUUUCCAAGGUGUAAUGCAAAUUCAACCAAAAUACAGUACUUUCAUUAUGGUUUAUCACCACGGUACAUAAUUUAAGGUUUUAAACUUGGACAAUUUAGUCAGUUCGUUUUGUUUGGCUAUUCAAUAACUAGUCUAAUGAGCCGGGCAGUGGCCGUGCAUUCCUGUAAUCCAGCACGGCAAGGGUUGGUGGAUCACACAAAUGUUGUGAAACUCCCUUUCCAGCAAGUGUAAAAUAAUCUCCAUCUGUCACAUCUGUAUGGGAUUUUGUGGGUUUUCUCCGGGUGCUCUGGUUUGCUCCGGCAUGAAGAAACACUCAUCGUCAAUUGGCUGCGAACAUUUUAAUAUAUACGCACCUCGGUGUUUGCGGAUUGCACAGCGUUGUGUAAUGCAAUUGCAUAAAUAUAACUUUUCAAAAAACUACAUUUUAUUUAUUACCAUUUAACUUCUAACAAAUGCAAUGCUUGAAAAAGCUGUAAGGCUUUACAUGAGUUGAAUAGGCCAACAUUUGCUUAAACAUAAAGUGGGCUAAAUUUAAUUUAACAACAUUAAAAAAACGCCACUUUUUUCAAAAUUUCUUGCUGUAGUUUUCACACCUGAUGAUGAUUGCUUGUGUUGCAGUCGAAACGUCGUGAGAAUUGUAUUGUUUUAUAUUUGUAUUAUUUUAUUGUUUCCCUUCUACGUGACUUUACCGAAAGAACCAAGAAUAUGAAUCCCUGCAGUCACGAAAGCUUUAAAUCAAAUUUUAAUUUAACAAGUUAUAUAUUUGUUCUGGGACUCGGAUAAAUGAGUGAAAAUUCAGGAGUCAUUAAUCCGUCCAUUAAACGAGAGAAUCGGUUCCUGUAAAUGAUUGACCUUGCUCUUGAAUCUUAUGUGAAGUGUACAUAAUCUACUAUGGUAUAUUUUAUGACAGGGUUCUGAACGCAUUUUUUAAGAUAAAUUGAAUGCUUUCCAACAGAUAUUUACAUUGAGAUUGCAAUCAUUAUUUAAGUAAAUCUGUAUUCGGAAUAUUACCUAUUGAACUCAACGCAUGUGUCAGGAAGCGAUGAUGCUCCUUAAGAUCGCUAAUUGACUGUUGUUCGAUAGGGCAGUUUUGAAGAGUAUUGAGUCACAUGGCAAUCAUGAACAUCUCCUUAGGGCAGCGGUUCUCAACCUGUGGCCCGCGGACCUCUGGUGCCCCGUGAGGCUACCUACUACAUGGGGUCCACGGAGAAGAAAAAUAAUCAGAAUCUUAAAUUUACACUGGAGGAAUCCAAUUAGAUAUGAAGCUCUUUUACACAGAUGUCCAGUAUGGGGCAGGUCAUAAUAAUAAAAAUGACAUCCUUGCCAAGGAAAUGAACAAUUUCAAAUGACUUGUGUGUGUGGUGGUCAGCGAAAUGUUCGGAGGUUGAAAAGGGGCCCGCAUACUGGGAAAGGUUGGGAACCGCUGCCCAAGGGUGCUUCGUGGUGUCUUCAAUAAGCCCUGUUCAAAACUCUGCCCGUGUGCAAGAUGCUUCUCUGAACAUGCACAGCGGUCCAGAUGUCUUGUGACCCACGUUAAAUUCUCUAAAACUUAAUGUGUUUUAAGUAAGGUUUAUUUUAACCAGAAAUUAAUAUGCAAAGGAACAAAAAUGUCAGGGUUCAAUAAAUUGGGGGGGGGGGGGGUGGUCACAAGACAUCUGGACCACCGUGUACUCUACGGUACACUCUGGAAUUGCUACCACUCGGAUGUGUAGUGAUGAGGCACGCGCACAUCAAUCCUUGAGGUGUUCCUUGCUAAAUAAUAAUAAUGAUAGCUCAUCGAAGUCAUCUAUCGUGAGCCAUGUCCUUCCGGAAAGACAUCGAUAUAUAAUCAUUGCCUUCAAUCCAUUUCACUCUGUCCAUGAUAUAUUACUCUGGAACUUUGCAUUAGAUACUCCCAGUUGCAUACCAUUUAGCAAAUUGCUCAUGCAAAUUAAUUUGCUGUCUUCCCCAGCCUCUUGUGGUGCCUCUAAUUUCCCCAGUUAAAACCACAUAUAUAUUCAGUCACUUGUAUUCUCAUUACAUGUCCAAGAUAUGUAAAUUUGCCUUCCUGUAAUUACUGUAUUCUCAUUAAUUGCAUUGUUGUGUACUCGACUGCUAUCCGUAAUACGAGUUAAUCAUCUCGUUUGUCAGUGGCAUGUUUAACAUCCUUCAUAAAAACACAUUUCUGUUGCAAAAA